CACUUACCCACCUUGGUAUCAAAAAGACUGGUCGUCCUUCGAAGAUUCGAUAUUAAAAGACGACGACAAGACGAGGAACGAAGAUCGGGUUGGUAGAUUGACGCAGACAGCAAGAAAUCGAAGACGAUAAGGGGACUUAUUAAUUAAGAACAUCGAGCACAUAUCGUCGUGUCGAGAUGACUGUGUGUUCUUCGUUCAUGAAACUAUGUCUGGUCGCGUUUGCAAUACUUGUCGUGAAUAUUUGCGAGAAUCAUGCUUACGAACCUCCGGCAACCACGGUAGAACCGCUCUAUCCUACUGGAUUGCGCUUGUCCAUUCCUGACGAGCAAGGAAUCACCUUGGUGGCCUUUCACAUAAAUUUUAACCAGGACUUCAAUGGUCUGGAAGCAGGACACAUCGCGAAGGACAUCCUUAAGGUUCGCGACGGACGAUGGACCUUCGAGGACCGAGGUAUUGUAUUGAGGAGGGACGACAUCAUCUAUUAUUGGGUCCACGUUGUAUAUCAGGGACUCGGCUACAAUAAAAUUGAUCAGUCGUAUCGCAUUGUUGACUUUUACAAUUACGAUGGUACGUUGCAUAUCACCGACAAGAUACAGCAUAACUGCACAACAAAAUCACCGACAUGGUUCUUCGGCAAGAAUGACGAACGACAACAAGCUUGUCCGCGUCAGCUCUUGUUUGAGGACAAUUUCGACAGUCUUGAUAACACAAACUGGAAUUUGAAUCGACGUUUCUCUGGUCCGCCGGAUUACGAGUUUGCUGUCUAUAUGACCGAUGAUGUAACGGACGUGAGCGACGGACGUGUACGUAUCAAGCCGAUCCUGACCAAUGAUAAAUUCGGCAAGGAUUUCGUCACGCAAGGAAGAUUGAUCUUGGAGCAUUGCACAGGCCAGAUUGAUACGGAAGAGUGUCAGCGCCAAGCUGCCGGUUCGUACAUCUUGCCGCCUGUAAUUACGGGGUCUCUAGACACUAAGGGCAAGUUCGAGUUUUUGUUCGGCCGCAUCGAAAUACGAGCCAAGUUGCCGCGUGGAGAUUGGGUAUAUCCUGUUAUUACCCUGAGGAGCUCCGAAAGCGAGCAGGAGCACGGGUUGUACCGUGAGAUCAGGAUCGCGUCGUCCACGGGUAACGAGGAGCUGAAAACUAGCGAUAACAAGGAUGUCAGUGGUCAUAUAUUGCACGCUGGUGGAUUGGUUACUUCUGUGAAUGACAAGAACGGACCGACUGACAGUCAUUCAAAGCUGCCUAAAAGAUCGUCGGGUAAGCUCUGGUCGGAUGAUUACCAUAUCUUCGAGAUUGAGUGGAAGAGCGGUCUUAUCAUCGUAAAGGUCGACAAUGUUCAAUACGGCGAGCAAAUCGUAGAUGGGGCAUUCGCCAAACGGUCAUACUUAACUCUAGGCGUGGCUGUGGGUGGCAUUCACGAAUUCGCGGAUCACUCUACCAGUAACGGUUACGUCCAGCCGUGGCGAAAUGUCGAGGCGAAGGCAAUGUACAAUUUCUAUCGUGCGAAGGAUCUCUGGUACCCCACAUGGCAGAUGCCAACGGCGCUCAAAGUGGAUUACGUGAAAGUGUGGUCUCUGUAAAUACUUGUAUGUUCUUCAUGCAUGGAACUUUGCAUCGUUCCCGCUCAUAUAUGCACGCGCGCGUGCGCACACAUAUGUAAUGAUAUUUUACAAUUUGGAAUAUUUUGUCACAUUUGUCUUCGUGCGUAACAAGAUGAAAAUAUAUAUACCUUUGUCUAACAACGGUUUCUCGAGACUCAUGUAUAUGAAAUAAAUAAUAACGUCUUCUUCUGCAGAAUUGCAAUUUUA